AUGCCCUAUGUAAUACAGCCUGAGCAGAAUUUGGUUCGAAUGCCUGAAAGUAAGCUGUAUGCCAAAUUAGUUGGCUUUCGCGAGCAAAUGUCAACUGGGCCUUCCCAAAUUCUUUCCGCAUUACCCACAUUAGAGUUAGAUAACUCUCCUCAGGGAGAGUAUUUCCCCUACAAAUGGAGUAAUGUAAGGCAAAUGCAUGUUGCCAAGACCUUUAAGGAAUGCGAUGAGGUCAACGAGUGUCUCUGGUUUUUAAGAAAAGGGCUGGAAACAUAUGAAAAUCUCCAAAGCCAUCGGCCAAAUCAACGUAACCGACGCCGAAAUCGCACCGCAGCGUAUCUUGACAGCGAUUCGGACUCUAUCAUAGGAAGUAACAAAGCUGAGACUACGUCAGAUGAAGAAAGCCUAGCCAUCACACAUAAAAAACAAGCAUAG